UUCAUUCGCGUAGGCGAAGAAACCACUCUCAACUUCUUCGUCUUCUUCCUUCCACACAACAGAGAUUCGCACGCAGAAGCGUCUCGCGCGCACUUCACGCAUUCAAAGAUUCGAUUCCAUCCUCGCGAGGCCGAUCGGGAAGCAAAUCGGGUGAAACCGAGAGCCGCGAUGUCGGGCACCGAAGACGGCGAGAAGCCGCAGAAGCCCGUCCAGUCGCCGCCGUCCGCCCCGCCGGCCCCGGACGUCGAGAGCCGGGCUCCGGCGGGGUCGGGGCUGGGGGUUUCUGCGAUCGUGAGGCGGGGGAGGAGGGACGAUCUGAUCCGGAAGGGGUCCCUGGUCCUCCGGGGUCUGGCCUUGCUGUUCUCGCUGCUCGCGUUCAUAAUCAUGGCCAGCAACAAGCACGGCGACUGGAAGGACUUCGACAAGUACGAGGAGUUCAGGUAUCUGUUGGCGAUAUCGAUCCUGGCUACACUGUACACCGGAGCGCAAGCAUUGCGGCACGUUCACCAGAUUUCUACCGGGCAGGAGCUGUUUCAGCGCCAGACUUCGGCUCUGAUCGACUUCUUCGGCGACCAGGUUGUGGCAUACCUCCUGAUAUCGGCAGCAUCUACAGCAGUGCCCAUGACCAACAGGAUGAGAGAUAAUGUGGAUAAUCUGUUUACAGACUGCUUAGCAGCUUCGAUAAGCAUGGCCUUCUUUGCCUUCCUCGCAUUGGCUUUGUCCGCGCUUAUAUCCGGAUACAAACUCUCGUCCCAAUCCUACAUUUAGUUUUGAGUUCGUUCUGCUCACAUGUCCAUUGUUUGUGCUGUUGUUAUACCUUCAUUCUUUACAUGCACGGUGUUUAAUCAUGUCUUGUAAAUUCUGAUGGUUUCGUCAAAGGAGUGCUGUACGGCUUGCCUCUGUAUUC